GUAUAGUCUAAUAAAUCUGGGAAGCGUGUACCAAAACCAUAUUGCUAUAUUUAUAAAAUUUCUAGACUACAUAGAUCUUUCAUAUAAUUGUCAUUUCUUUUGAAAGUUUAUUAUGUAACUUCAACUGCUAAAUACUGGUUAUGGCUUUGGACAAAUCUGCACUUAGAGGUAUUACUUGGAAAUUAGGUGAGAAAUUUAGAGUUCCUGAGAGAGUCGAUAUACCUCCCGAAUGUUCGAAUUUGCAGCCAUCUGAAUAUUUGUUUCAAGAGAUCAAUACGAGUUUAGAAGAUAGAGUGCUAAGGGAAGUAAAACUGCAUGAAGAAGGCGAACGAAAAAAGCAAGAAGAAUCUAUUAGGAAAGAACAAGAAAAGAAUAAGAAAAAGGACGAAAAUAAUGAAAUGAUUAAAGAAGAGGAUUUAAAUAAAACAAAAGUUAAAUCUAAGAACUUAUGCGAACAAAAUUACUCACAAAAUAAUAUACGUAAUACACCUGAUAUUUUAACUCCAAUAAUCGCAACAUCAAAGGAUGGAAAUAGCGACAUAAAAGGAGACAGUUCUCGUCAAAUCGACUUAACUCAUUUUGAAAACGAGGAAGAUCCAUUUGACAAAAUUGAACUAUUAAGCCUAAACGAUAUGGAAGAAUUGAACAAAGUUUAUAGUACAAUCUCUUCUACUCAACAAACAGUAAAUUCUUCAAGGAUUGUAUCUGUAAAAGACUUGGAUUUUCCUCAACAAAAUGUGUCAAAUCAAGAGAACGAAUCAAACUUGAAUAAUGAAGAUUACACAUUGGAUGAUAGAGCAUCAAAACUUCCACCUAUUAGUACUAUUGAUGUUCAGAACGGUAGAAUGAAUUCAAUGCCUGUCCAUAAUUCCAAAUCCAAUCCUGAUGUGCAUUCUCAACUUUCUUCAAGUAAAAGUCCACCCCCAAGGCCAUCAAGUGGACAGGAUACCACUCAUCCUUUUAUUGCUAAUUCACAAAAAAGUUGUGGUGAUGACAAAAAUCUGAAUUCUUUUGUUAAUGAAAACGGCAACCUGCAGACGUGGAAUCCAUAUAACCCGCUUCCUCCAACAACGCCAACUGGAAAUGAUAUGGUAAAUUUGGACGAAGAGUGUAAAAUAUUAGCAAGAACUAUUAUUGGAAUGGGAUUUCCUAGAUCGUCUGUAGUGAGAACAAUUGAAAAAUUUGGUAAAAACGAACAAAAGGUUGUUGAUUAUUUAUGUACGGUUAACGCUUUAGCAGAGGAAACAGGUGCUCUCUCUCAAGAUGCUGAAAAUGCAUUGGACGUCAACAAGGCAAAUGUUGAUAGAGCAAAAACUUACUUACGUCACCUCUCCAGUCUAAAACAGUUAGGCUUUAGCGACCAAAAGAUUAGAGAAGCAUUAAAGAAUGGCAACAAUGACUAUAAUAUAGCUCUAGAUAUAUUAACAGCAUCCUAA